AUGCCGGACAUUAACACAAACGAAGAACCGUCUCCACAACAAAUCAACUAUGGUGAAUUAGUUAUUCUUGGAUACAAUGGACAGAUUCCUGGAGGUGAUCGUGGGAGACGAAAAAGUAAAUUUCAAUUAAGACAACGUUCGCAUGCCAAUGGUUUGAAAGCGCAACGACAACAUCUUUGUAAAAAUGCUGAUGAAGUACAGAAAUUGACCCAAGCUGAUUUUCAUUCGAUAUCGUAUACGUUGUCACGAAAUCAAACUGUCGUUGUACAAUAUUCUCACGAUGAAGAUUCUGAUAUGUUUCAGAUCGGCCGAUCAUCUGAAAAUCAAAUCGAUUGUAUUGUUAUGGAUACUGUUGCUGGAGCGAAAACAUUCGAUGAUUUAACCGUACCCCAGUCGACUAUUUCACGAUAUGCGUGUCGUAUUGUUGUUUCACGGCAUCCACCAUAUACAGCGCGAAUUUACGCUGCCGGCUUCGAUGCGUCGAAAAAUAUCUUUCUUGGCGAGAAAUCUAUCAAAUGGAAGAAUGAUCAGAAUGAAAUGGAUGGUGUGACAACGAAUGGUAUUCUAGUGAUGCAUCUCGAUGGAGAUCAAUUUGAUACGAAUUCAAAACCAAGCAAAUGGAAAGAAGUAUCAGUCUGUGGAAGUGUUUUCGAUUUAGGGGAAGGACGACUAAAAUUUAACUAUCAAUUAACACCUCCAUCGACAACGGAUAAUAUUUUAAAUGAUGGUAGUCUGAUUGAUUUAUGUGGUGCUACUCUGCUUUGGAGAUCGGUUGAAGGACUUAAAAAGACACCGACCCGUCGUUUACUUGAACUUGAAUUAGAUCAGUUGAACUCGAAAAAGCCACAAUGUCCUGUUGGAUUGAACACGUUAAUUAUCAAAACUCAUCCAUUAUCUUCGACAACUUCAUCAUCAUCUCCGAAUGCAUUUGUGUAUGUUUCAUGCGGACAUGUUCAUGGAAAUCACAAAUGGGGCGUAAGAAAUGACAAUAAAGAAUCUCGAGAAUGUCCACUUUGUCGAACAAUUGGUCCACUCAUCCCCAUUAUUCCCGGCAUUGAAUCUGCAUUUUAUGUUAUACCAGAUACAGAUAAUGAAUCAACCACAUCCUAUGCUUUUCAACCCUGCGGACAUAUGACUUCUCAAUCCACAGCAUUGUAUUGGUCAAAGAUCAAAGUGCCUUAUGGAACAAAAGGUUUGAAAUCCAUAUGUCCAUUUUGUUCAAUAGCACUAUCGGAAACGAAACCGUUCGUUCGUUUAAUCUUUCAAGAUUCCAUACAUAGACAGUAA